CAAACCUGUUAGUGGAGGUAAAGAACAUUUAAAAAGCCACUUAAAUAUUAAUCCACCGUAUGCGUGAACAAGGUUAAAUUUGACUCGGCUUUAUAUUAGGAGUUCUGUGUGGUGUCAUUCACCCAGCAGAGGUCGUCCGACAGACUGCUCGCCUUGACUUUCUCCCGACAAUUAACACAGAAGCUAAUUUGGCCAGGGGGGUGUAAGACUUUUAAAUUAUCCACCCAUCGGCUUCCGUAUCCUUACGUUUGUUGCUAAACGUCACCCGAGCACACCCCGAAUGUCUGUCAUCCAUCUCGAGCAGAUUGCCGCCAACAGCUAAAUGUCAGACCUUUGGCAAAGUGUGCGCGCCGCCCUGCGCCACACGGCGAUGAUGGGUGGACCCGAGCGGAGCGGAGCGAUAGGGCGCAUUCCUUAAUUUCCCUUCAACGCCGCUUCUCCCCCCAACCACUCUCCCCCCACCACUCUCUCCAGCCCUGGACACACGACGAGACCGCGGGACCGCUGUGUUUCCCGUUCACACACGAGGAUUGAUCCGAUGUAUUAUUUACGACCGAAACUUCUGCAACUUAUCCACUGGAUAUGGCUCCCGGUUUGAGGAGUGGGCGGACAGGUCACCCCAAAUUGGUGGGAGCGGACCCCGGCGGAUGCUCGCCGCGAAGGACGGACGCCGGAGGAGAGGGGAGGUCUUUGAGGACCAGGUGGCGAGCCGGAGCAGCGGGGAUGUUUGCAAACCGGCUGCUGUCUGCGGGGACGCUUUUACUUCUUGUCCGGUGCGCUUUGGCAGCAGAGGAAAAACCCACCUAUGAUGCCUCUGGCUCCUCGUCUUUACCAAGCGACCCUGCAGUCACAGCUGCUUCUGCUCAUCCAUUGGCUGACCUGUCUGUGGCAGAAGAGGUGCCUUUCUCGGUCGUCCAUUCAGAUGGUAACUCGGAGUCUGAGGGGGAAGGUUUAUCAGGGCAGCCUGCCUUUUCUUCUGUCUUAACUGUCAUGGCAGGAACUGUCAAACAUCCAGUGAGCCUUGAUCAAAGUAGGACCUCGUCGACCAUCACUAGGGAUGAGACCCAAACCACCCAAUGGCCUUCACAUAGUUCCAGCCAGGGCUCAGAAAUGUCCUCCUCAUCGUCGUCUGCACAAGAUAAGAUCUCCGCCGCUAGCUCAGGUCUGACUUCCAACGUAUCUCACCAACACACCAGACCGCCUCAGGCUAUUAGCAUGGCAUUGAAUGUCUCUAGGCCAUCACACAAGUCUUUUAUGGAUGGAAACAGGAAUGUCUCAUCGUUUUCAUCAUCAACAGUAUCAUAUUCUUCAUUGUCAUCAUCAGUGUCUUCAUCAGCUCCACCCACUUCUUCUGUGUUAUCAUCCGUAGUGUCUGUAUUUUCUCUACAAUCUUCUGCUGGCUGGAUAAACAAAGCUGCCUCAUCCUACGGUCAAAGGAUUGUGUCCAGUCCUGCCCCUCAGACAAAAACAGCAACAUUAUCAGCAGUAGGGUUUCUGGCUUGGACAGACAUUCUUACGACCAAACAGUCUACCGCUCAUUUAGCUGUUACACGGGGACUGCAAAGCACAACAACCAAACCAUCAGACUUUCCUAGUGAAACCAGCACAGAAAAGAGCAGUGUAGUGACUAAACACUCGUCAGUGAAUAAAAUCCAUGGGGUGAGUGGACCAUACAUGAGGAGUGCAAGCACUAAAAUAAUCAAGACACCAGCAUCCAGCACAUAUACAUCAUAUUCUAGUCCUAAACAUGGACAAUAUCGUUUAAAGAUUUUAUACAGACCCACUCAAACCCAGAACCCAGGUAUGAACUCUGUAUCGGCCAAUAAUCUUGAAAUUAGCACCUCAUUUCCCUCCAAUCAAGAGAGUCAAGCUGUUCAAAGGCAGCAUGGAGCUUUACAAAACCCCACAUCCGCACUGCUGUCUGCCCAUCCUGAAGGUUAUUCAGUUUCUCGUCAUGUCACACAGCAGAUGUUAAAUCGAACAGCAUUUGUGGCAAAGGAAAACAAGACAGCAGUAGAUAGUCAGACUUUUGUUCACAAAAACGAUGGAGAUGCAAUCAUGUCACCUCUUAGUUCACAUGUUGUAAAUCCAACUGUAUCACCAGCAGGGACGUUCAGACCCACUGGAUCCUUUUUUACAGUUUCCUCCCAGAUUCCGCCAGGUAAAAGGUCUCUCAUUGAAACUACAAACACUAAGCUAACACCUAUCCACUCUGGCAUUGUGUCCUCAUCUAAUCCUGGUGAUUUACUGAUGGCAGCGGUUCGUGGCAGCCCCAGAGUUCCUGCCACCAAUAUAAAUUACAACCAGGGAAAGAUAGCAGAAGCAGAGCUCAAAUCUAUUUCCGCUCAAGCACACCUGAAUAGCUCACUUUCACUCACACUGCCGAGGCCGGAGUCCACUGCUGGUUCCAUCCUCCAUUCGAUCACCAGAACAGGAACAACCUCCUUCACAUCAGAGUCAGAUUCACUUCAUUUUCCAAGUAAUGGAGUCAUAAAUGCUCAAGAAUUUGUAACACAAACAGAGUCUCCCAAAAGCAUAACUCAGGAGCCUAAAGGAUGGACAGCGCCAAAACUGAUAUUUUCCUCCAACAGUAGGACAAUGUCUCUUUCUGGUUCAGUGUUGCCAGUUAGCUCAGCAAACCAUAUGACCUUUAAAACCAUAUACAAAAGUCUGUCACACCCCACUCAGUCUACAUACUCAUUGCCCUUGUUUCUUUCCCACAGCCUGAACCAGAACAACACUGAUGAUAACACUGCACUGUCUGCCAAUAAUGAUUUUGCAGACCAAUCCAAAGCCUCAUUGUCAUUUCGAAUUACCCCCUCACAAAGACCUUUUCAAGCAAGAUCUUUACUUACAUUUCUUCACAAAUCUUACACAAUAUCUGGUCUAAUUCCACCUACCAAUAAAUCUCAUCAGACAGUGUCCUCCGCUGAAAUCUCUGCUCAUAUCAUUAAAUCCGAGAAAGCUGGCCGUAGUAUUCCUUCGACUUUCAAGGUGGAAACAAGUGCAGGAAACAGUAAAACAACACCAGUCCCUGAUGUUCAUAUGACGCAUGGAGAGAAGCCUGCUGAGAGCUUCCUCAGAAAUGCUGCAAAGAUUUCAGUCUCUCCUUUUUUUAAUAGAAAUGAAGAGUCUUCUCCUAUCAGAGACACUGCGUUUUACAAGCAGAGUGUUCCGUCAGGGCAGUUGAUAACACAGUCUCCAUCUUUCAUGACUACAAAAGAUUUCUUUAUGUUGAAUAAAGGCUCUGAAGGUUCUGGCAAAGGAUCUCCCUUUGAAAUCACUUUUUCUCCAAUAAGUUUUAAUGCUGCUUUAGAACCUCUUAGAAGUCCUUCUCAUAAAGACGAUGUGACACUCAUGGGGCGUUAUGAACAGUCUUCUCCUGCUUUCUGGUCAGAAAUGGUCUCAACAAUGGGGACAAACUCUGCUUCUCGCUCUCAGGGAGCAAUCACCAGUGUGGGAAGUGAUAAAUCCUUUUCUGCAACUACUUCCUCCAGUGAUGGUCUAAACAGCAGUGAAGCAUUUAGUGCUAUUUUCAGCUUUGGCACAAAACGAAUGGCAUCAUAUACAAAGUGGAAAGCCACCAAGCCUGUGCCUUUUGAAAGUACUGCUUCUGAAUUGGAAAAUACCUCUAUUGGCUUUGAUAAGCCAAAUUCUAAUUUACAAGCAGAUGGCCCAUCAUAUGAGGAUCUGAGGCUGGAAGACAGGCAAGAGCGUAAUGUGCAUAUAUUGAAUUCAACUGAUCCAAAUGUAGCCAUCAGUGAUCCAUAUUUGCUUUAUCCAACUGUUGGAAAGCAUCCAUCUUUUACAUAUUUUAAAGGCACAUCAGGAGAUAAAGAACAGAGUCUGAAUUUGUCCCCAGCCAAUCUCAGAUCUGCUGUGGCUGUCAAUGUACAGCAAGGUUCCACUGUGAACACUGCUGCUCCAUCAGCACAGGGCUCAGACGGUUUCAUGUCCCUGUCUCGCAUAACUACUGACUCUGUAACAUCUUCACAUGCCUCUUCUCUUAUAUUGGUGUAUAAGAGCAAGCACAGCCGCCCUCUGGCAGAUGUUGACUCUCCUGAAUUUGCACUUGAUACUGCUGUCACACUUUCAAACGACCAUGCACUCAGUUUCUCUGACACUGACACUGACAAUAUCAGUAACACAACAAAUUCGAAACUGAGGGGGUUAAUCAAACCAACAGAGCUGGUGCCAGCAUCUUCAGAGAUUUCAUCACUAUCAUACAGUAGUAUCAAAGCUUCUCAGUUGUCCUCCUUACAUGUGAAACCCCCACUGUCUUCGAAAGCUUCGUCAUCAUCAUUGUCUUCGUCAUCAUUGCCAUCAUCAACAUUACAUUCAGCUGGUAUAAUAUUGUCAGUCAAACCAACCAUGUACCCAGAUACCUCAUCAUCAUCUGUGUCUCUACAAGCUAUACCAUCCUCAUCUCCAAGUCUGACCUUAUCCGAUUCCGAUCGCUCAGAGGGAGUGACUGAGAUGUUUGUUGUCCUUACAGAGGCGGGUACAGAUGGGUUAACCGCUGGAACAUCCAGAGCAGAUGCGCUCACUUUCCCCAAAGAAAAAGUGGCCAGUCCAGCCCCCUCUCAAUCAGUCAGAAUUACCCUUUCUGCUGGGCCCACCGAGAGGACAUCUCAGGUAUCACCUCUACCCCCUCGACAGGACACCACUAAAGCCUCUGCCAAGCUUACCACCGCAACUGUAGCUUCAACCACCAAAACUAAAAACCCCACCACUACCACGCCUUCCCUAAGAGUCACCACCACCACCACCACACAGUUGACCACCACUACCACACCACAGCCCACACCUGUGACCACGAGAACGACGACCACUACAACCAUCAAGACUCCAACCAGCAGGAGAACGUUCACACCACCUGUCCCCGGAACAAGCCCUCCCAGGGGGACCACCACACUCUUUAUUUCCCCGUUUACCACCACCACAGAGGCUCCACCACAGCAGUGCAAUAUCACAGAGAGAUUAUGGGUGAAAACAGUUGUUUCCAUCUAUGUGAGGAGAAACAGGCUGGACAGCAUUCAGAGGCAGAAUCUGCGAAGGGGACUAAGUCAGGGCCUCCGAAAAGCUCUGAAUGAUAGUUCAGCCCAGGCUCAGGUGGAGACAGUAUUUGGUUCUCCCAACAUGACAGUGGCUUAUCACGUGACUGGAGGGGACAUGGUUUACCCUCCCUCUGUAGUGCUGGAAGCCUUGGACUCCUAUGGCCGUGACAAGCUGAUUGCAGACCUGCGACAAUACCUCCCCAUGGUAACAGCCCUGCCCCUCCCAGCUGCAUCAUGGAGACCCAGCCCAGCCCCUGGCUUCCAAUUGAAAACAGUGCUGCAGUUUGUGGGAGCAGGAGAUGAUCCCCGGUCCUGUCGGUUCUCUCAAAUGAUGGAACAGAGGCUUGAGAAGGUGUUUUCUGAAGCGCAGGCCAAAGUGCUUAACACCAACAGCAGACUCUCUGUUCAGAUGCUGAGUGUCUCCCAGGCAGCAGGCUCUCCUGCUGUGUCAUUGGUCUACACUGUGAAGAAUGGGACUGUCUUCCUUAAUGGCACCACUGCCUCAAACCUCCUUGGUCAGCUGUCAGCUGAGCUGGUGGGCUACUUCCUCUUCUAUCCACCACUUGUCAUUUCUGAGCCAAUGGAGUACCACAAUCUGAACACCUCCAUUGCUACCAGAGACUUCUGGGUUAUUACAGUGAUCCAGGAUGUGGAUAACGCCAGCCUGGAGGGACAGUACCAAAGCUUUGCCAGUCUAAUGGAGCAAAGGCUGGCUGAGCUGUUUGUGUUGGCAGGCCAGCAGGGUACUCGUUUCAGACGAGCCACUGCUGUAGGCAGCUACACUGUCCAGAUGGUGAGCAUCCGUAGGGUGUCAGGGUCAAAGAAUCCAGCAGAGAUGACCUACUAUGUCCAGCACAAUGGCAUUCCUUUAUCGGGCACGUCAGCUGCCAAGGUACUGAACACAGUGGAUUCUCAGACCAUGGCGCUCACCCUGGGCUACUUUGUCCAGCUGCAAGCAGAACCUGUGGUCAAGAACCCACCUAAUAACCUUUGGAUAAUCGCUGCAGUGUUGGCCCCCAUCGCUGUAGUAACACUCAUUAUUAUCAUCAUCACAGCUGUGCUGUGCAGGAAGAAUAAAAAUGACUUUAAAGCGGAUGCCAUCGGCAACCUCAAUCCCCGAGCUAAGAUGGCGUAUCGGAGGGAUGUGGGCUAUUAUCACCAGCCGGUCCAGGGUUUCGACUAUGCCAAGCAGCACCUGGGCCAACAGGGAGGGGAUGAGGAGACCCUGCCUGUCAGUCAGGAUACCUUAGUGAUGUCUCUACAAAUUCGGGACACACCACUUUCACUAGAAAAGGCCCUACAGCAAGACGGAACUGCCAACAAGAAAAGCCUCACCACCGACAAACACACAAGCAAGUUGCCGAGCGAGGACGGUUCCGUCAUCAGCAACGAAUCAGAGAAGCUGAAUUCCGGCAGGGGCUUGACAGUGCUGAAAGUCACAGCACAGCAGAAACUGACAAAGGAGGAGAUGCGCAGGAGGGAUGAUCCAUAUGACACCUCCUCUGGCUCCCUGCAGCUUAUUUCCAUAAAGCCCAUGGCGGCUCAGCCCAACUACUCACACCCGGCUUCCACUGACCGCAGCCAGGACUCUGCCAUCGUCAACGGAGAGGUGAACUUGGCUCUGAAGCAGAAGUCAGACAUUGAGCACUACAGGAACAAGCUGAGGCUGAAGGCAAAGAGGAAGGGCUAUUAUGACUUUCCCUCCACUGAUGGCAGCAGCAGCGGUCGAGCUCUGCCGCAGAGACAGCGGCACGGCAAUGAGAGGGCAGCCGGUGAGCAUGGCAGACCACUGGAGCCUGAUGAUGAGCGAGGUUCCACUUAUGUCAAGUCUCACAGGAGGCACUCCCAGGUAGGGCAAACGGCCUAUCGCAGCAGACAGAGUCUCAGCAGUCCCAGUCCGGGAGGAACAGAGAUGGACCUGCUUGUUAUGAGGGAGCGACCAAGGAGAGGCAUUCGCAACAACGGAUAUGAUACUGAACCUGAGUUGAUCGAAGAGACGAAUGUUGACCGUCUAAUGGGGCCGCGGGGAUACAUGUAUGGCCGGGGCUUGAAAGGCCACUCAGAGACAUCUACUCUGAGCUCUCAGCCGUCCAUUGACGAAGUGCGACAGCAGAUGCACCUGCUGCUGGAGGAGGCAUUCAGCCUGGCUUCAGGGGGGCAGUCCACAUCCGGAAGGCACUCCCAUCACCACCACGCAUCUCCUGACCACUACAGCCCUGCACCGCCUCCCCUCCCCUACGCAGACGUGGUGACCAGCGCUCCAGGUACAAUGAGCUGUGGACGGAGAGGCUUGCAGUGGGUACCAUCUUAUGGCACAGACGUAUAUCAAUGCAGCCUGCCCAAACCAGCCUUUCACUUCACCCAGCUCCCUGAGAUGGCCAUGGGUUCUCCUCCACCUUUACCACCUCGCACUGGACCUCCUCCUGGGACCUCCUUAAGACGUUCCACUUCUGACGUGGGGCCUAAAGGAAGGAGCUCAGAGACAUCUGUCACUGAAAUGCAGAGUCAACAUGACAAAAACCCAUAUGGUCCAACUACUAGAGCAGCACUUCCAUCUAUCACUGCAGAGCAGCCUGUGUCCAACUACUCAGGAAACCCAAUAACAGCCGUCUAUGCCAUCCCAGCCACCAGGUCCGGCUACUCAGAAUACUUUGUCUCCACACCACCCACCUCCUACCACAGUCCCUCCUGGAUGUCCUAUCCACCAGAGCCUGAGGAUGUGCCGCCACAGUGGGCCGACUCUUUGCCCCUGCCUGGGUAUGUAGAGGCUUUUCCUCAUCCUCGCUACCCACAGGGGAGCCCCACCAGGCUGCCCCUGCAGUAUAACCAGGCACUGGAGCCGCCGCCCACUGGCCCUAGCACAGCCUCUCAGCAAAGCCUGCCCGAGGUGGUGAAGGACAUGGACAGCAUGCACCUGAGUAGCCUCUCCACCUCUGCACUCGUGCAGGCUAUCCGGCAGGAGGUGGCCAAGCUGGCGAAGAAGCAGAACGACGUGUUUGAGUUCUAGAUUUAACUCUGCCCCCUUGUGUGCUGGAGAUGGUUAACUGUGCAUUGGUCUUCAACAGAGGCACACAAAGGUGGUACUCCUUAAGACUGAUUUUUGAUGUUUGUACUGUAAAACGGACUAAUCUUCUUUACCCACUGGUUACCCACUGAUUGAUUUCUUUUCGGACACCAUUGGUGUUUUGCAGCCUCUGAUGGAACAGAAUGGAACAAAUUUUUUAGAAAAAAAUGCUAUCCUCUAUUGAUGAUGUCCAAAGUAACUACAUGCAUCUUUGUAGAUAUGUCAAUAGGAUAUACUAAAUAUGGAAAUGUAAUUUUUUCCAGGAUUAGACAUUUUUUGUGAAUCAGCAUCAACUGAGAAGAGAGAAAAAGUAGCAUUAUUGUGCUUCCUGAGAGGAACAAAUGCUUCCUGUCAGAUGGUUAAGUAUAAACCACAGUGUAUAUGAGCAUGUACAGUAUUAGGACAUCAUGUAUCUUAUCUCCUUUUAUAGACCAUUAGUUUCAACGGGCUAUAUCAGUAUCAGUUAUUUCAAGCAUCUAUACCAUAUCAAAGUACCACGUCACUUUUCACAAGUUCUUCAGUUUAUUUUCAUAUCACAUAUUAGUAUAUGGAUUUUUAGUUUAACCCAAUUGAACAUGAAAUAAGUUGCAUCUAUGGCAAUGUAACAUAUAGAUGGAAAUGUUUACCUUGAUGUAUCUGCAAUAGAGGGAAGCAUUUAUGCUUGCAAUAUUGUUUGGGUGUACACAAGGGUUUAUUGACUUGUGUGACAUUGAUAUAAAUUUUUUGAAAA